UUCAGUUUGUUGUUGUUGGCCCAUGGAAUAGUUCCAUGGUUGGCCUCCUUCAAAAUUAUAUGACUAAUAUGAUGUAUUAGACUUAGAUCUCGAUCUAGAUUUCUUUUUAUUGUAGAGCUGUAAAAACAAAUUCAAAAUGAAUUGCGAAAUUUACAGAAUUUCAAAUUCACCACCUUCCUUAUAUUAUAUACCAAAUUUCAUAAGUCAAGAAGAAGAAGAAUGUUUGCUGAAUAAAGUUUAUUCUGCUCCAAAGCCCAAGUGGACACAGCUAUCUCACAGAAAACUUCAAAACUGGGGUGGCCUCCCUCACAAUAAAGGAAUGGUUGUUGAGGAUUUACCCCCUUGGCUGAAGACCUAUGCUGACAAAAUUGGAAGUUUCAGCAUCUUUGAAGAUAAGAAACCAAAUCAUGUAUUGGUUAAUGAAUAUUUACCAGGCCAAGGAAUUAUGCCCCAUGAAGAUGGGCCUCUUUUUUACCCAGUUGUAACUACUGUCAAUUUGGGGUCCCACACUUUUUUAGAUUUUUAUACACCUAUUGAUGGUCAGGAUGACCAGCCUCAAAAUAUAAACACCAAUGUGACAGUGUGUGAUCACAAUGAAUCAAAACAAAAAUCUUUCAAUGAUGAAUCUUCAUUUGAGAAACGUUAUUUCUUAUCUGUUCUUCUGGAACCAAGAAGCUUAAUUAUGGUUUGUGAUGAUAUGUACAAAAUUUAUUUGCAUGGCAUUGCUGAGAAGAAAUCAGACAUUGUAACUGACAAGGUUGUUAAUCUUAGCACAACACCUUAUGCCAUUGGAGACACUCUAGACAGAAAGACAAGGGUAUCCUUAACAUUCCGCUAUGUUCCAAAAGUAUUGAAAGCAAAACUUGUGUUGGGUAAAAAAUGAUGUGAGCAUGAUCAGUAAAUUGAAUUAUUAUUUGUGUUACUAACAGAAUUAAAGGUUUAUUAUUUUUAGUUA